CAUUUCAAAAUUGACAAAUAGGAAUAUAGGGUUUGGAAAAACGAUUAUAAAUUUACCGUGAUAGUUUUGUUAUGAACUAAAUUAUUAAGUGAUACAUAAGGCUUAUAAAACUAUAAAAAUGGAAAUUUGCUGCUUAGAGGAAUGUGGUGCGAAUUCAGUGCGGCCAGUUCUGAUUGCUCCGAGGUGCAACGAUGCGCCUGUUGACUUCUACCCUUGUCUUCCGGCGUGCACUAAAACAUAUUAUUGCUGUGAAAAACCAAAGCCUAAGGAAUCUCGCGAAGAAAGUUCUCGUCGAGGCGAGUGUCGUCAUAGCCAACAUAAGAUGGAGCGUCGACCAUGUUCACCGCCUAACAAUCAUCAGGACUGCUACGUCGUUCGUCCGCCAUCGCCUCGGCCGCCGUGUUGCGAGCCGCAGUGUAAACCGACCAAGACAAAGUACAUUAUACCAUGCUAUCGAUAUGAAGAUGGACGCAUUGCUAACCAACCGACGGUGCUAAUGCGGCGCGCUUGCGAAGUGGCAGUCGGCAAGCGCCCGCGUAAGAAGCCCUACGAAGAGAGCCGCUUCAUUCGCGACGCCGACCACCAAGAAUCACGUUACAUCAGGGAAGAUGAAGAGGGCAACUGUUGUUUUCAUUUCGAAAACCAAAAAAACCAGUCCUGCCCACCCAUUGGACAGUGCGCCUCGUGUCCUCAGUAUUGCAUGGAGUACCCGCCCUGCGUGACCGCUCGUCCUAUGCCGUCGCCGCCACCACCGCAGAAUUGUUACUAUUACUCCUGCUACAAUCCUUGUUAAAUACUAGAAAACAUAAGGCCAGUAGAAGUAUGAGAUUAUUCACUCCGCAUAUACCCAAAAAUAUGUAUCGUGUGAAAAUUUAUACUUCGUUUUUAUUUACCGGGAUUAAAGUAAUCAUUUAAGGACGACGGAGAUAAUUUUGUCACUUGGAAUAAAUGCGCUUUUACAUAGAAUCACAUUCAAUUCGUCACGAAUAAAUUAAACCAAGUUACUGAAAAAAAUGUGCACAUACAAUAUAAUAAUAUAUUUUAUUUCUAAUUAAACAAGGCGCAUUUACCCCGUAAACGCAAAAUGGUGAACCUAUUGUUUUCUUUUAUACGUGUGACACGUAUAAAAUCGAAGAAUUGUAUUUUAUAUUACUUAAGGUCGUUAUAUUUCGAGCAGAAAUAAUGGAGGCCAUGGACACUGUUUCUUUUUGUUAAUUUUGCAUACACACUUGACGUAAAACCGUAGCUCAAAGGUAGUUUAUACAUAACCAUCUUGUCCAUAUUUCCUUAGUAUCUAAAUUGGGGUAUUUUUAAUAUCCUCCCAUUUCGAUAAUAAUAGUAAAUGUAAAAGUAAUUAAAAUAUUGUAAGUUUAAAUUAUACACCAGUUAUUUUUUGUUUUUGUUUACUGUUUGUCAUUGUUUUGUAAGCUGUGCUGUAGUAGUUUAUAGCAGUGUUUGUUGUUAUCUUAUCCAGUUUUAUUCGCCAUUACAUUCAUUUGUUGUUGA